AUGCUGGUGGUCCUGCUCACAGCAGCUUUGCUGGUCCUGAGCUCAGCUCAGAGACAAGAUGAAGAGAUCACCUACGAAGACACAAAUUCUCAGCUCCUAGAGAUGGGAGAGCAGAGCCAAGGGUAUGGUCAUCAUUAUCCGCAACCACCUCCUGGAGGAAUGCCCCCAAGACCUCCCAGUUCUGAUGAAAAUGAUUAUGGUGAAGAAGAUGGCAGUGAGGAAGAUGUAAAUAGACCAGAGCAACCACCACAUCACCCUCCUCACCCAGGACACCACCAAGGUCCUCCACCACAGGGAGGCCCUCAGCAGAGACCCCCUCAGCCUGGAAACCAACAAGGCCCACCUCCACAGGGAGGUCCUCAGGGACCCCCUAUGCCUGGAAACCAACAAGGCCCACCCCCACAGGGAGGUCCCCAGCAGAGACCCCCUCAGCCUGGAAACCAUCAAGGCCCACCCCCACAGGGAGGUCCUCAGGGACCACCUAUGCCUGGAAACCAACAAGGCCCACCCCCACAGGGAGGCCCACAGGGACCCCCUAGGCCUGGAAACCAACAAGGCCCACCCCCACAGGGAGGCCCCCAGCAGAGACCCCCUCAGCCUGGAAACCAACAAGGACCACCCCCACAGGGAGGCCCACAGCAGGGACCCCCUCAGCCUGGAAACCAACAAGGACCACCCCCACAGGGAGGCCCUCAGCAGAGACCUCCUCAGCCUGGAAAUCAACAAGACCCACCCCCACAGGGAGGCCCACAGAGACUUCCUCAGCCUGGAAACCAACAAGGCCCAUCCCCACAGGGAGGCCCUCAGAGACCUCCUCAGUCAGGAAACCAUCAAGGCCCACCCCAGCAUGGAAACAAUGAACAACCAAGUUACCUAUGGUCACUUUUUGCAUAA